AGAAGAAGAAGAAGAAGAAGAAGGAGAAAAAGAAGGCAAAGAAAAAGGUAAGGAUGUGGAUGAAAGACCUGCUUACAUGGAUGACUUUGAUGAUGAUUUUGGUCAGUACAUGAAGGGUGAGCAUGAUGUAGAUCUUUUCCCUGAAGAAGAAGUUUUUACUCCAGUAGAUCCUAGCAAAAUGGAGGUAAAAACUAGAUUUGCAAAUAAGGAAGCAUUUAAGAAACAUCUCAGGGGUUAUUGUGUUCUUAAUAAGUGUCAAUAUAUUUUGGAUAGAAGUGCUCCCUCUAGAAUUAAGGCUGAGUGUAGGUUUGAAACAGAACAUGAUUGUCCUUGGUUUGUGUAUGCUAGCAAGAAAGAGGGUGAGAAGACUUUUGUUCUUAGGAAAGUGAAUUUGGAACAUAAGUGUGAAGGGGAUCCCCAAAAUAGGAAUAGAUCUGUUGAUCCUCAUUUUGUAAAGGAUUUUGUUCUUGAUCAGAUGAAGAAUAAGCCUAAAAAAGUUGUUCCAGACCCUUAUAAAAUCAAGGAAGACUUCUUAGCUGAAAAGAGAGUAAAUAUACCAUAUCAGUGUGCAUGGAAGGCUAGGAAUCUAGUUUUAGAGUCAUUAUAUGUGAACUAUAAAGAAAGUUACAAUGAAGUACCAGCAUUCUGCAAGAUGUUUACUAAAUGCAAUGAUGGGUCUGUUGCUAAGUUCACUUUUGACACAGUGAAUAACACCUUUGAAAGCAUGACACUCUCAUUUGAACCUGCAAUGAAGGGUUGGCGAAAAGCAUGCAGGGGAGUUAUAGGGCUUGAUGCCUGCCAUCUAACAGGGGAAUAUGGGGGAGUAUUGAUGGCUGCAACUGCACUUGAUGGACAAAAUGGGUUAGUAAUGUUAGGAAUUAUGGUAUGCAGAGCUGAAACAAAGGAAAAUUGGAUCAUUUUUUUGAAGCAUUUGAAGGAUGCAAUAUUAGCACAUCCAGUGAAAGUGGCUUUCAUUUCAGAUAGGCAAAAAGGUUUAUUGGAAGCUGUUGGUAUAGUGUUCCCUGGCCAUGCAGUGAGUGCAUUGCAUAGCAUAAGGCCACAAUGGAGAAAGUACUGCAGUGAUUACUAUUCAGUGGAGAACUAUAAGGCCACAUAUGCACCAACUUUUGCACCACUAGAUGAUAAAAGUGAAUGGGUCCAGCCAAACAUGAACAAGAAGAUCUUGAACCCUCCUCACAGUAGGAAACCAGGAAGACCCAAGAGCAAGAGGGUAAGAAGUUAUGAUGAACCUCGUGUUGAGAAGACAAAAAGGAGGUGUGGGAAAUGUGGAAAUGUUACUAACCACAACAAAAGAACAUGUGCUGGUGGUGAAGUGGGAUCUAAUCCAACUGCAAAGAGGCAAAGGACUGAAUGUGAUGCACAAAGCUUCACCUUCAGCAACAUAGAGCCAAGUCAGACCACCGGAGUUAGGGGUGCAGCUAAGUCAAACAAGAAGAAGAGAACGGCAUCAUUUGUUGGUGAAUGUUUUACAGGGCCUGGCAGUCAGCCUUUGGCAACACCAUCUUCUACUCCAGCUUCCACAACACCUAUGAGUCUGCCAUCUAUAGCACCAUCUUCUACUCCACCCUCUACAAUAAAUAACCUUUAUCAGAACUUCUUUGACAUUGGAUCUGUAUCUCAGAAUAUAAAACAAGGAAAGGGAAGGGGAAAUGGAAAGGCUAAGAAGAAAUGA